AUGAGUUGGGGAUUCAGUCCUCCGCAGGCGCAGGGUGCGUCGGCGGGGCAGGCAGGGCCAGAUCUGAUUGAGGAAGAGACAUCACAGUUGGCCAUGCAAGACGUCGCGACAAAUCCUGGAGACAGUCUGAAGCUCUUUGCGCAGCCGUGGCCAGCAGACAAUCUGCCUGCUCCGACUGCUUCUCUCUUGGCCGUUGCUUCGAAGAGGAGAUUACUGGCUGCAGCUGGACCGGACAAGCUCAUCCUGACUGGAACGACCACGAUCAGGUCGCAGUACAUCCCUCGAAGAAAGACGAAAGAUGCAUCCAAAGGCAUCAUGCAAGACGAGUCCAAGCUCAAGGACUUCAAGGCCGAGGUGGAGAUCACAGUACCACGUCUGUCGCAUGUUGCCUUCAGCUCGGACGAGAGCUGUCUCAUUAUCGUCGCCGAGCAGGGAGGUGGUUUGGCAUGCUACGAUGUGAACGCUCUUACGAACGGAGGGAAAGAGCCGGCGUUCCAAAUCGGAACCCUGGGCAGCAGCGUACGGCAGCUUCUCCCAAAUCCGAAUUCACAGGCAGAGUUCACACGCAUGUGCGCAAUCGUGCUGCAGGAUGGGCGGCUACUGUUAGCAGAUCUGCGGACGCAGUCCUUGGUCAAAGGCUCAGCCGGCAGUGAGGUCUUUCAUCAGAAUGUCAAGUCGGCAUCCUGGUCGAAGCUUGGAAAACAGAUCAUUGCUGGUCUCGAGGACAGCAGUUGCGUGCAGAUCGACAAUCAGGGCAACAUCAAGGACCAAAUCCCACAGCCGCCGCACCUCGCCUCUAUCAAGCAGAAUGGCGAGGACAACCUAUACGCUCCUGGUCUUCAGUUCCCGGUCACCUCAGUCUACUGGCUCGAAACCCACAAGUUUCUGCUCAUCUACACGCCCCAAAUUGAGCAGCCGGAGGAUCCUAUGCCCAAUCACAAUUCCCUCUACUUCAUUGCACAGCGCGAGAAGGGCACCCCAUUCACAUUCCGCAAGUUCGAUUCAGAUCCUUGCCCGUCUGGCUUCGAUGUCAAACGAUUGUCGGCUAGUCACUACAUUCAAAGACUCAACGAAUGGCAACCAGGUCUGGUCGAUAUGCUGAUUGUAGCAUCGUCCAUUUCCGCCGAUGUGGGCGUUGUGGCACAGUUCCAGGAUCGUGAUCCCGUGUGCGCAAUCUUGGACGAGAAUCGAAAAGCGUCACUGCCGACCAGCUAUGCGAGUGAGGGUGAUGAUACAUCGCCCAUCGGUAUGGCUCUGGAUUUUAGCGCCGUCGAACUCACCCCACGGCCUAUCCCGGAGGAGAGCGACACCAUCGAGAACUCACCGUUCCCGCUUCCGGCCUUGUGCAUGUUGAAUACUGACGGUGUGCUGCAAAUGUGGUGGGUCAUUUACACACAGUCCGUAAAGCAGACACCUGCGGGAGGACCAUUUCCGUUCGGCAGCAUGGUCCAGAAGCAGCCUCCGUAUGCGAAGUAUACGCACUACGCGCAGGCGAUUGCCGUCGAUUCCGAAAACCCAUUCGAUAACCAGGCGGACCCGGCUGAACAGUCCAACAAGGCCGAAAUUGACAGGAUGCUCGCUUCUCAAUCGCCUUUCUCGGACGCCAUCACUUCCGCAUACAGGUCGAGCGGAGUAGCGAACGCGAGCGGUGGCGGAGGUCUUGGCGAGGCUGCUGCCACUAACGGAGGAUCGGCCUUUGGGGCGUUGUCUCUUGGUCGUCCUUCUUCCGCGACUCCUUCUGCAACCCCGUCUGUAUUCGGUGGCGGCUCUGGCGGUAGCGCUACUCCUGCUCCAGCAAGCAAUUCUGCUUUUGGUGGCGCUUCUGCUCUUGGCUCGAAGGCGAGCCCAUGGAGCGCAUCCACUGGCGGUUCAGCAGCGUCGCCGUUCGGUCAGGCUUCAAAGCCAGCAUUCGGACAGUCUUCAUUUGGUCAACAACCUGCAAAGCCUGCUUUUGGACAGUCCUCAAAUCUAGGGAUCGGCCAAGCCCCUAGACCUGCAUUUGGGCAGCCCUCGACACCCGCGUUCGGCCAGCCUUCCGCACCAGCAGCUUCGUCGUUCUCUCAACCUUCCAAACCCGCCACACCCGCGAUCGAGCAAUCAACGAGCCCUGCUUCGCCGUUCGGUCAGACGCCUGCAUUCGGAAAGCCAUCAUUUGGUCAGCCUUCAGCCUUUGGUCAAGCCUCCCCGAUGGCCGGCGGAAGUGGUUUCGGUCAAAUCGGCCAAGUCGGCGCAGCGAAACCCAACCCGUCUAUCUGGGGCUCAGGUGCGCCGAAAACGAGUGAAGCGUCACCAUUUUCUGCGUUCGCAACGAAAGGCGAUACAAAACAAGCGUCAGGAUUUGCCAGCUUCGCCAAUCAGAACAGCUCCUUUGCAUCGGCAGGGAAUUCAUCAACGCCAGGCAAUGCUUUUGCCGGCGCAGGAAAAUCUAUAGGCAGCUUUUCUGGUAUCGGUCAGGGCCAGGGAGGUCAGCUCGGAGGUUUUGGAAAGCCUUCGAUGCCGAAGGAUCAGUCCAUGGGAUCUACGGCCACAAUCGGCUCGACUUCUUCUGGCUGGACCAUGACUGGAGGCUCGGGGUCGUCAGGUCUGUCACGUGAAGCGACGAUGAAGGAUGACGAUGCAGCCAAAAGGGGUCUUUCGGGACUGAGCGAUUUUACUCUUGGGUCUGGCUUCAAGGGAGACGGAACUGCCAAGGACGAUCUUCCCAAACCAGCAAAUCCAGGAGCGGGUAUGUUUGGCAAUAGUCUGGGAGAUAUCGAGGCCAAGAAAUCUUCGGCGCCCACGAUCAAGCCCGAGCCCGGCACUGAGCCCGAAUUGCAGCUGAAAGAUAUUCCGGAAGCACCACCACGAAGCCAAACAAGCAAGAUCGCCGAGGACGCGCCUCUACCGCCUGACCCUUCGACGUUCAAGGCUCCGCCUAUUCCGGACGACCUUCCCUUACCUCCCGAUCCCUCGACGUACAAAGCUCCUUCUGACGCCCCACUACCACCUGACUUCACGGCGCCGAAGUCGCAGAAACUAGCCGACGAUGAUGUUCCAAUCGCUGGGAGCCCACCAGUGGACGUCACCAACAGCGAGACGUUUUCAGCUGGCGCAGGCCCUUCGGAUGACGAGAGCGGUUUCUUGACUGAGGAUGAAGACGGCGAAGAUGGUGAAGAGGGUGGUGAUGAUGAAGAUGAUGAAGCUAGAGACGAGGACGACGAGGGCGACGAUGACUCGAGCUCCGAGGAUCCAGAAUUUGACGACGACGACGACACACGAGAACCUUACAAGCCACAGGACCCAGGCGCACUUGCAAACUUCAUGAAUCGCAUUACACCUCCGACAAAGAAGUCUUCGGCGGCAGACAAGCCGCAGACAAGUUACACUCCGUUUGGAAUGCCAAUGUCCAAAGGACCCGUCUUCCCACCUCCCGCCAACAGGCCCAUCCUCAGCCCUCGCUCGCCCAGUCCUCAACGCGCGGUUACCAGCCCAGUCGCGAGGCAGGAUCCACGGCACCAGCCGCUGCCACAGCAAAUCAAGACGACUUCUGUGCCGCCUGCGAAGCCGAUCGAGAAGAAGCCAGCAGAGCCCACAAAACCAGCCGAGCCAACAGCUGGCGAACUUGAAGAUGCUGCCGCCGAUAGAGUCAAGCAGACUUUGGAGGCUCCAAUCGAGCCAUCUAAAGAUCUGCCAGUUUUCUACACUCAUCAGGAUUACGCCGGCACUGUCGACAAGCCAGGCAUUGGCGGCCAGAUUGAGAUUGUCUACCGUGAUAUCAACUCCAUGAUUGACGUUGUCGGUCUGAAUGCUCGCGCUUUGGCUACAUUCAUCGAGGGCCAUACUAAGCUCCGCGAGUCUGGCUCACGAUCGCGUGAAGAUCUCGAUGCAACAGACAUUUGGUGUCUAGGGGAUCUCUCGGACUUGGGCAAUGUUGUUGACGGCAUCGCUCAACAGUUGGAGCAUGGCAAGCUGGAGCGCGUUGCAUCUGUCUUGAACACCCUUUCAGAAGAACAACGAUCUAUGCUCCAGCUCAAGUCGAAGACUGUAGACAUCCGCAAGCAUGUGGUAACCCACACCGACCCAGAACGCAUCGCCGCGCAAGAAUCGGCAGCUCUAUCUGCCGAGACUCAAGCACAACAAUCCGAGCUCCGUCAAGGCGUGCAGCGAGUGCAGAAACUUCUCAGCGAACUGGAAGAGAAAAUCUCACUCCUCCGUGCCGACCUUGCUUCAGCCCGGCGAAGCAACAACUCUUCGCAACAGGCUCCUGUUCCCACCGUUGAGGCUGUGACUAACACCAUCCUCAAGAUGACCGCCAUGGUCGAGCAGAAGAGCGGCGACAUCGACCUGCUCGAAUCCCGCAUCAAGAGUCUGCCAAACGGUAUUGAGAGUCUGCGCCUUAGCGACGACUACGAAGACGAUCUCGCUUCUCGACUGGGAGGCAGCAAGCUCCUCACCGGCAGUCCUUCGCGCACUCCACAACGUCCCCGCAUGGCCGCAAACGGCGAUGCUCUGGGGAUGAGCGCCAUGUUCGCCACGUCUGCGCUGCGGAACUCACGCUUCUCCACGCCGCCCGGUGCUGUGAAUCGUCGCUCCGUGGCCUUCUCGCCUUCAGCUAGUGCGUUCGGGAUCAGCACUGGAUCUGCGAGCGGGAGUGCGAGGAAGAAGAUGGCGGAUGUCACGGUUGAGGAGGUCGAGGCGUUCCAAGCGAGGAAGGGUAGGAGGACGGAUGUGUUGGGCAAGUUGAAGGGCAGGGUUGAGAGGAGUGGAGCUAGAGUAGUGCGGGUUGAUGAGAGACCUUGA